AUGGACGCUUCCAGGGACAAACAACUUCCGUCAGAUCCCUCUUGCAUCAUUUCUCCAUAUGAAGAUACUCUUAACCAGAGCCUCGAACAGAGCAUCAGAGAAGAAGAAACAGACGUUCUUGAUUCUAGUCAAGAACUGAAUCUCAUCGACAGCAUAGACACGAGUAUCGAUGUUAGUCAGAGUUAUAACGGAUCUGCUACAUCGGCAGAACAAAAGCUUUUCUCAUGCAACUACUGUCAAAGAACCUUCUAUAGCUCACAAGCACUUGGUGGUCACCAAAACGCACACAAGAGAGAGAGGACGUUGGCGAAGAGAGGGCAACGGAUGGCAGCAUCAGCCUCGGCUUUUGGACAUCCUUACGGUUUCUCUCCCGUUCCUUUCCAUGGACAAUACAACAACAGGUCUUUAGGGAUUCAAGCGCAUUCGAUGAGCCACAAGCUAAGUUCAUACAACGGAUUUGGUGGUCACUAUGGCCAGAUCAACUGGUCAAGACUUCCACUUGAUCAACAACCAGCCGUAGGUAAACUAUAUGCAAUGGAGAAUUUUCAUCAUCAUCAACAUCAACAUCAACAGAUGAUGAUGAUGCCUCCUACAGAAACUUCACCAUCCACAAACAUCGGUAGAUCAAACAGCAUAGGGCGGAUUCUAGUAGGGUCACCGAUACUUGAACAAUGGCGAGGAGAGGGAGGAUUGUUAAGCACUAAUCAAGAAGAACAGCAGAAGCUUGACUUGUCCCUCAAGCUAUGA